AUGAAAGUUAGAAGUGGUUGUUCCUAAUAUCCUAGUCUCUUACAAAUAUUCGUAAUAGUCUUUUAUGUCUUAAACACUGUCAUGACGUAUAUCCAUAUUCUGAUUCUCGAAGAACGUGUAAUAUUAUUAUCUAUUUAGACUGCACAUUACAUAAUUUUCUCCAUUUUGAUUUCAAUUUCAAGUUAUUUUUGUAUCAAAACCACUAUUUGUGAUCCCACUGAUAGUUUUGUGAUUUAAUAAUAAAAAAAUAGAGGGUAUUUAGAUGAUUGAAGCAUUAGUGCACCUUUUGAUUACGAAGAACAUCAACUAAAUUAAUUUUGUGAACUUUGCAUAGCAUAUGUAAAGGAGACCACAAAACAUUGUAAAUAAUGUAACAGGUAAUUAACAACUACUAUUAGAUGUUGCGAAGACUUUGACCAUCAUUGUAGAUGGAUCAAUAAUUGUGUCGGAGGAAAAAAUUAUAAAUAAUUUAUCGGAAUGAUCAUCUUUACAUUCAUCAUCCUAAUAUAUUCAAUUAUUGUGAAUGGCAGAGUGAUAAGUUAAUACAACAAACAGGAACUAGAAACCUUAACUGUAAAUUUUCACUUUAUGAAAGAUCUACUCAAAAUAUAAAAGGUCGCUACUAAUAAUAACCAUAGUGUUGUCAGUUCUGGAAACAAUGGCUACAUUGCUUCUCCUCUAAUUAAUCCUUUUUCACAUAUAUCUUUGGAAAAAAGGUAUUUCAACAUAUGAAUAUAUAACCCAAAGGAGAAGUAAAUAAGUUUAACCUUCCAAUUUCUCAGAGUUCAAUAUUAUAAAUAAUCACGAGAGCAAAAUGGACAUUAUUAAAAAUAACAGAGAACACGAAGAGCAAUCAGUCAUGUUUAGGAAAGAAAAGGAAAAAUAGGCAAGCUAAAUUUAUACUAAUUCCGAAUUGAUGAAGAAGGAUGAAUCACUUUGUUCGUCUAAGAAAAAUAGUUAAUCUAUAUUGUAAAAGCGAAAACUCACAUAAGGAGACAGUGAUGAUUCUCAGAAGGAAGGCGUCAUCAAUUUCUUCUCUUAACGAAUCUAAUCCAAUAUAGAUCUUAGAUUAUAAAAUCGCUAAAUGAAUACCAUCGAUGUUAAAACACCUGAGAUAACCCAGUUUUAAUGA